GACCGCCCUUAAAAAAACAUCUCGCAAGACGGCUAGAGCUCAGUUCGGCUCUCCAGCCUCCCGGGGCGCCGCUGCAGCGGUGGGUUUCCACAAUGGCGGAGGACUCCGGCGCCAUCCUCCGCCACAUCUCCUCCCUCAAGGACAUGCUCGACAAGGUCAAUGAGGAGAUUGAACAAAAUAUAGAAAGGACCAGGGAAAUAGAAUCAGAAAUAGUGAAACAUUCUGAAACAGAAAAAGACUAUCUUGACAAGGAGUCUGGGUUACUGAAAGAAAUAUCAGUUGCUGAGUUUGAACUCAAUGGCCUUAUCCAAGUGGCUGCUGCCGAAACAGAUUUACUGAAAGUGAUAGAGGGAAAUUUGGAGUUCCAGAAAGUUGCUCUCAAUGGGAUUCGAAAGACACUGUCUGAUAAGAUGGAAAGGUUCAUCAAUGAAUCUAAAGGGUUUCAAGCUAAUAUGGUCAAAGUUUCAAAUGAAGAUUUAGUUAUAUUACUGAAGGAAAAAGGUUUGUUGGAUGAUGAGAGUGAGAACCUGAAAACAAAGAUCAACACUAUACAUAGUUCAUCGAAGGAAUACAUUGCAGAGAUUCUUGAUGAUGUAAGUACAGAAAUUUCAGACAGGAGCUUUCGAGAAAAUAUUUCAGACAGGUUACAGCCUAGAAGUUUGUUGUACAGCUGUGAGCCUGGGGAAGCCAUUAAGAGUAAGCCUGCAGUAGGAGCAGAGUCAGCAUUGGGACACGGAUGAGAGUGCUUUGGCAUUAUUUUGGUCAAUGUAGCUGCUUAUUAGAUGGUAUUAAUGGUAAGAACAAGGACUCAUGGCACGCCCACAGAGACGGGAAGAGACUGGUAUGCAUUGGCGAUGUCACUGACGUCACGACAUCAUAUCCAUAGUAGCAAUCUUUAGCAAGGAUAUUUCAAAUUAUUUUGGUGAAAUGGGCAUAUUGGACUCUUGGACAAGAAGGGUUUUACUGAUGGAAUUUGUAAAAACAAUAAUAGCAAUGGGGAAUGCAUAUGAAGUGCAGAAUUGUAGUUGGCAAAUGAAGAAAUUAAACUUUCCAUAGUGGCAAAAAAUAUUUUUUGACAAAAAAGAUACUAUCCACAGUUCUCCUGAGUUUUCA